AUGAUGGAUCUGGCAGAUUAUCGACUAAAGCUCACCAUCUUCCACCAGCUCAAGCACAUGGGCGUCAAUGUUGCACGGUCAAAAUCAGAAGAGAAGGCCCACCGCAAGGGUUCAAAGCAGGCUGAAAUGGAACAGGACGACAACCACACCAUUUUCGGGGCGCGUCUCGUCAACCUCACCAGUUCAUCCGGUGUCGACAUUGACGGCCUCGUAGUCCCCAGAUUUAUGGCUGAGAUCAACACCGAGUUGCGCAAGCAUCUCGCCACCACUGGUCUUUUCCGCAUUCCCGGCAACUCCCAACGCAUGAACGCCAUCCGCAAGGACCUGGACACUGGCAAACGCCUUCCCACGGAUGCCCAGGCCAAUGACUAUGCCUCCUUACUCAAGGCCUUUUUUCGUGAACUCAAGGAACCCCUGUUUACCUUUGGUUUCUUCAACGGCUUUGUCCGCGCAUAUCGACUCUCGGACCCCGAACUCCGCCGCCGAGCCGUCCUCAUGCUCUGCUGUCUCUUGGAGGAGGAGCACCUUCACACGCUCGUCCUCCUCAUGAAGCUCCUGCACGCUGUCUCGGAGCAUUCGGAGAACCAGAUGGAGCCAGCGGCGUUGGCGUCCAUUCUAACGCCCAACCUCUUGCGGCCUCGCGAACAGGCUGCCGUCACUUCUCAGCUUGAACUUCAGACUCAUGCCUCAUGUUGUGGCGUCGUUGAAAUGCUGAUUGUGCACGCCGACGAAAUCGGUAGCGUCCCCACUGAUGUUAUCAAGGCUGCAACCGAACUCCCAGACGAGCCACGAGCCAAGAAGAAUUAUCUCAAGCUCCUUGCCGGCCGUCGUAUCGGCUGGUUUAGCCGCAUCCGCGUCCGGCUGACGCGCGACAUUACAAAAUCUUCGGGUGCCGUCUCUGUGAACACGCUGAAUAUGCUCAAACGCUCGGAGAAAGAGGCGACAUCUGCUUCGCCCAUGUCACCGCGGGCCCGAGCCAUGUCAACCAAUCCGGCAGGCGCUUAUGCACCUGUCAUGGCCAAGCACGGACACGGCUCAGGCACCAUGGCGGCCCCUACCCCACUGAGCUGA